GGAAUAGAGGAGAUGCUUCAAGAAACAAGCCUCGUCCAUGAUGGAGAGGAUCAGGUUCAAGAUUGUGUUACGUCGGCAGAAACAGAUCAGACAGUUCCAAAGACAAUCCUGAUCCGUGACGAUGAACAUCAAGUUCAAGGUCUAGAUGGCGGUACAGGGGAGAGAAACAGAAGAGCCACUUCAAGGAACAAGCCCCGUCUAUGAUGGAGAGGAUCAGGUUCAAGAUGGCGUUACAGGGAGAGAAACAGAAGAGCCACUUCAAGGAACAAGCCUCGUCCCUGAUGGAGAGGAUCGGGAUCAAGAUGGCGUUACAGGGAGAGAAACAGACGAGGCACAUCCAGAGACGAACCUGGUCCAUGGUGGAGAAUAUGAAGCUCAAGAUGUCAUGGUUAACCGGCUGUCCUCAAGGAGGUUCUUCAGCAGAUGGAGAGACGAUCAUCUACUCACGGAUGCCCUGACUGAUUAUGAACAUCAGGUUCAAGGUCUAGAUGGCGGUACAGGGAGAGAAACAGAAGAGCCACUUCAAGGAACAAGCCUCGUCCCUGAUGGAGAGGAUCAGGGUUCAAGAUGGCGUUAGGGAGAGAAACAGAAGAGCCACUUCAAGGAACAAGCCCCCGUCUAUGAUGGAGAGGAUCAGGUUCAAGAUGGCGUUACAGGGAGA